GAUUAGAUUUCAAUUUAUAUGUUGAUUGUUAGGAAACAAAAUUGGUGAAACAUGAAUUGUAUUCAGAAUCAAUUGUGCUUUAUUUCAUCUUUAAUAUUAUCACUUUAAAUUCAUCAUGUUGAUUUGAUCCACUUUUGACCCUCCAACUCCUUUAAUCUAAAUUAAAUUUUAAAUCAGUCACAUCAAAAUCUAAAUCAACCUCAUCAUCUGAUGAUAUCAAUGUAAUAAAAGUUUCCAAUUUAAUGAUAACUUUGUGUGUUUCAUGUGAAAAUAAACUCACCUUGAUUGGGUUUUAAUUCACUGAUGAUAAUUAUUAAUUAAACUUUUUUCAAUUCAUUGUUACAAUUCAAAGUUAAUCAUGGACAUUCAACAUAAAGUACCAAUAGUAAAUCAACCAAUGUUUUAUUACUCUAGAUUAGGACGUACCUUUAAUUACAAUCGUUCAUCUGAUAACCAACUAAUCAUUUCACCAGCAAUCAACCAACAAAUCAACACUGAUGUUGAUAAUAGUUGCAAAUCAAAAGGAUCAUCUUUAAUAGCAACAAUUACCAAAAUGUGCAAUUUCAAAUUAAUUAAACUUCAUCAGAGUCGAUGCAUUGAAUUGGGUCUUUCGUUUUUUGCUCUCAUCUUAUUAAUGAGUAAAUUUUAUGAUGUAAAUAGAGAAGUAAAUUAUCUUAAAUAUAUAUCAAAUAAUUGGUUAUCAUCUUCAUCUUCAUCUUCAUCAUCAUCAGCUGGUGCUCUUCACAGAAUCAACAACAAUCAAACAUCAACUUCAACAAUUGUACCAAAUGAAUUACAAUUAAAUUCAGCUAAUCAUCAGAUUGAGAUUCUGAAGCAAGAUUUGGCCAUACUCAUAGGUGAACUAUGGUCAUCAAGAACUACUUUGCUAUUAAGUGUUAUUUUUGUAAUUGUUUACAUAUUAAGUUGGAUUUGGAUGUCGUAUACAGUUCAGGAAGAUCACACAUCAAAAGAUAUAUCGGUUAAGACGAUCUUAUUAUUGACUGUAUUUGCGGUUGUUGAUAUCGCUGCUUCGGCUGGAUUUGUGUUGGUCCGCAUCGUCAUGUAUGCACUGAGAAAUCGCAACUUUCCAAUGGAAAUGAGACUUCCGUUCGUUCCUGGUGAACAUAAUCAGUUAACUGCUUUUGUGGCUCUUCGAUUAACAACACUCAAGUCAAGUUCAGGUACAACUGAUAUAUUCGUGGUGAUUAUUAUUGGCAUAUUAACACUGCUAAGAUUGUACAGCGUCAUGUGUGCUGUUUCCUUUUACAACAAAGCGAGGAAAAGUGAUCCAAGUUAUUACAAUAAAAAGCCAAUGACCGUACUAGAGAGCAUAAACUCGGGACGGCAACAGCCUCAUCCACCUCAUCCACCUCCGCCAAUCCCUGACACAAAUGGUUUCCUGCCAAGAGUAUCAAACGUUUUAUCCAAAUCUCAAUCUAAUUCAAGUUUGAAGGAGCGAAUUGAAGUGAAUCGUCGAUUCUCAGUAACAGGAUCAACCAUGAGUGAAGAAGAAAUCAAUCGAGAAUUAAAGAUCCAAGCAGCCGACAUGUCACCUUUGAUGCAAAGGUCUGCGGUUGAAAGUGCACUCCAAGCACUGCGAUUGUACAACACGGAGAAACAUAUCGCUGAAAGUAUUAAGCAAGAUUUUGAUCGCAUCUUUGAACCAACUUGGCACUGUAUUGUCGGUCGAAAUUGGGGAAGUUGUGUGACCCACACCAAAAAGUGUUACGUCCGAAUGAUUUGCAGAGACUUGACGAUCCUUUUGUAUAAAUCAACCUGAUUUAUUUUCCACAUUCAAUAUUAUUGGUCAUCAGCUUUUUCUUUCUCACAUGAAAUGUUUUCACUCCGAUUCUUUAACCACUUUUUUCUUAAAACUUGUCAUAAUAUUUACUACCUUUCAUUAUUCAAUGUAACUGACCUGUCACAUUGGUAAAUAAUUGCGUAGUAACAUGUUAGGGAUGGAAAGUAUCAUCACUGAACAAGAGAAACUUGUAAAUCCCCUUUGAGUCCAUUGGCUCCAUAAUCGAAUCUCAUUUCCUUUUUUGAACCUUUUGUUGGAACUCUCUUCGAAUUUAUUGCUGCCGUUGAAUAUUGUUCGAUGGUCUUAAAUACUAAGAGCUAUUGAUCUUCUUGAUUCACGUAGUUGACUGUGAAAGAGAAAAGGAGAAAGUUUCAAAUGAAUGGAUUACUUGAA